UUGAGAGGUUUUCAGUUAAAGUAACAUACAAAAAAAAAUCUUGAAGGUGUAAAUGUAUGACACACUGUUUAGUGGAAGCAAUGGAGAUGCUAUUUUUCAGUUGAAGCAGGAAGUGUGCUGUGAAUAUAAAGGAUUGGGCACAGUAAGUUUGACCAAUUACAGUACAAGUAGCUUACCAAGUCCCAAGGUUUGACCGUUUUACAAUGCCCUUCCCACUUGCAGGAAUUCAUUUACCAAUGAGUUCACAGGAUUAUGCCAUAUGACUGCCUUUCCAAACAAAUGCCUGAAUAUUAGACAGUUCUGAAACGAAAAUGUGCUAUAGUUUUGCAUAAAAUUCAGUGAGUCACAGCAAAAUCUGUUUGAUAUUACACCUUGGUGGAGGAUUAGCUACCCUGUUCUCAAAAGAAGAUACUACAAGAGACUAUUUUUAAAGAAACAAUAUCAUAAAUGGUUCAGUGGAUGAAAUUCAAGAAAAUGACAAACAGCACAUCGGGCUGGAAACGGCACAAGUUUACAAACACUGCUGCCUUUUCUUUUAUUUGUCUGUCUUUCACUGUAAUUCUCUGGCAGACUAAAAAACUCACCUGCCCCCUCGAUGACUUGCACCCAAGGAAAAUUCGCCAGCUUGAGGAGGAAAAGGACAUCCUCACUUGCUCCAGAAUCAUUCAAGGUGAUACAGAGGCCAUCGAGGAAGCGCUUCGAAGCAGGAUUCUUGUUGCAAAUAAGAAAAAACCUUUAACAGAAGCGUACUUUUUAAGCAUUACGCAGAACUGCGAAGCUUAUGUUCAAGAAAGAAAGUUCAUCACAUUCCCGCUGAGCAAAGAGGAAAAAGACUUCCCCAUUGCCUACUCCAUGGUGAUCCAUGAAAAAAUUGAGACGUUUGAGAGGCUUCUGCGCGCCAUAUACACCCCUCAGAAUGUGUACUGCGUGCACGUGGAUCAGAAAUCUUCAGAGGAGUUCAAGAAUGCUGUAAAAGCCAUUGCGUCCUGCUUUCCAAAUGUAUUUUUGGCCAGAAAACUGGAAAAGGUCAUCUACGCCACUUGGUCAAGGGUGCAGGCAGACUUGAACUGCAUGGAGGACUUGCUGAACUCAACUGUACAAUGGAGGUAUCUGCUCAACACCUGCGGCACCGAUUUUCCCAUUAAAACCAACCUGGAAAUCGUGCAUGCCCUCAAAGCCCUCAACGGCAGGAACAGCCUUGAAUCAGAGUCCACCCCGAGGCAUAAAAAAGACCGCUGGUUGUACCAUUACGAGGUCAAGGAUCACAUAAGUAGGACUGAAACCAAAAAGAGCCCCCCUCCCAUUGGCUCCCCCAUGUUCUCCGGUAACGCAUACUUUGUCGUGACCAGGGAUUUUGUCAAACACGUGUUUGAAAACCCGGAGACACAGAAACUACUUGAAUGGGAAAAGGACACCUACAGCCCUGAUGAGCACCUUUGGGCAACGCUGCAGAGGAUGUCUGGGGUGCCGGGGUCGAAUCCCAUCAACGAGAAAUUCCACACCUCCGACAUGAUUGCCAUUGCUCGACUGGUAAAAUGGGAGUAUUUGGAAGGCGACAUUCAGAAAGGAUCUUCCUAUCCACGCUGUACGGGUGUUCACCGCAGAUCGGUCUGUGUCUAUGGAUCUGGGGACCUCCACUGGAUGUUGCAUCAACAUCACCUCUUUGCCAAUAAGUUUGAUCCCGAAGUGGAUGACACAGCUAUCAAAUGUCUCGAGGUAUACCUUCGCUUGAAAGCGCUCCACAACAGAGAUUUACAUGUACAAUAUGCCCCUGAAUAAGGGACUGCUUUCAUUUCCACAUAAAUACAGUACAUGAGAUAGCAAAACAGACUGUGAGAUCUUCCAAGUAAUCCUGCACAAAACAGGAGGGCACAUAUAUUCAAACUUAAACCUGAUGCUGAUCACUACAGACAAAUAACUACAUUUAAGUCUAAACUUUCACAAUUUAAGAUGAGUUCACAAAUAUUUUCUUAAAUUAGGAUUUACUUUAUUAAUUGCAAUGGUACUUUACCUUCAAUAAUAUAUUUUUGGAAAGCAUUAAAAAUAGAUGCAGAUGGUAAUACAGAGCAAACAAGUGAAAUAUAUGAAAAUGGUUUUAGACAUUUAAAUGUUUAAUAUAAUUCUUUAUUUAAUUUUUUUUCCUGUGGUUUAUAGAUUAAUUCCUCAUUCCCGUCAACUGCACAAACUCCACUUGCACUCCCUGGCAAACCCACUUUUUGUGCUCGAUGCCUUAAAAUUGUACUUUCCAUUUAAAUGACUGUUACAUUUAUUAUAUUGUAUUUCUAUACUGCUGUAACAUGUGGAAUAAAGGUUAGCUCUGAAAA